UUUGAAUGAGGGUGGAGGAGGACGGGGCGUUUACUCACCUGCGUGCACAGGGACACAGGUGGCAGAGAACAAGAAAGGCAGUCAGAAAAAAAAGUUAAAAGUAAUAAGAAAUAACGGAUAUCAGCUGCAUUAACGGAGGGCGCUUAAAAAGGUAGAGAUAACUGUGACCCAUCGGAUUACUAUGCGAUGGAGUGGAGAGAGAACUCCGAUGUCAGCUGUGAUUUGGCUUACACUGAAGCUCAGCGUUGGGUGGAGGAGAUCACAAGAAAACAGUUUGGAUGUAAUGAUUUUCGAUCUGCACUGGAAAAUGGAGUCUUGCUGUGCGAUUUGAUCAACAAGAUUAAACCUGGGAUUAUAAAGAAGGUAAAUAGAUUGUCUACACCAAUUGCUGGCUUGGACAACAUUAAUGUGUUCUUGAAGGCUUGUGGGAGGCUAGGCUUGAAAGAAGCUCAGUUGUUUCAUCCCGGAGAUCUACAGGAUUUAUCGAGCCGUGUUACUGUAAAGCGUGAAGAGACAAGCAGGAGGCUAAAAAAUGUUUUGAUCACAAUAUAUUGGCUAGGUCGAAAAGCACAGACUGAUGCUGUUUAUAAUGGACCUUUCCUAAAUUUAAAAGCUUUUGAGGGAUUAUUGGGAACAGCUUUAUCAAAGGCUCUUGAAGAUUGUGGCAGUUUGAAACGCAGUGGCAGAGACAGUGGGUACGCUGAUAGUUGGUACACAGACAGAGGGGAGCUGCUAUCCCUUCCAGCCAGUCACAGAAGAGACGAUUCUUUAGAUAGUUUGGACUCGGUGGGAUCAAGGUCGGCGAGUAUUUCUUCAGGCGCAACUUUGAAAGGCAGCAGUGAGGGUUGUGGGAGUGACCUGUCUGAGUCCGACUCGCCAUUCAGGAUGACAGAAAACAAGGACAGCAUGUCAUAUCGCCGGAUUGCUGUGGUAGAACCAAAAAGCUCUACGCAAUUUAACCAGUUUCUACCCAGUAAAAGCAGCCAGUCGGGAUAUGUACCAGCCCCACUGAGAAAAAAACGGGUUGAUAGGAAUGAAGACAACAGGAGGAGCUGGGCGAGUCCCAUGUUCACAGAAUCUGAUGGGUCCUUUUCAAGUGGAGAAGAGUUGGGUCCUGGGCACACCUCUCAGAAUGGGCAAACUUCCCGUGACUACCCUCUCCCAGAAAACCAACAGGCAGCGUACCAGUAUGAAAGCGGGAGUGACUCCGAGGCUGAAGCCAGGCAGCCAGAUGUAGUCUUGGACGAUUUGGCGAGCCGCAGGUUCCAAAUGAACAGAUCUGUGAGCCCUGCAAACUAUGCAAAGCCUUUGCACAUGUCAGACGCUGGCUGUCCAAGGUCCGGCCCACUGUGGUUGGGCUUUUCUUCUGCGACACUUGACCAAGAAGUGGGGUCUACAAGUAGCCUUCGGCAGUGUGGUGGCUCCAAGGUGGAAAGUGGCACACCAGCCACAGGCCCGUUCCCCUUGAAUGACACCUGCAGUUACUCAGAGGAGGAAGAUGACAACAGUAGCCCCGAUGUCUGCAAGGAUGACUUGUAUGCACGCAAAGUGGGCGUGGUACUGCUGCCGACAGCAAAUGUGCCUUAUGAUAAGUAUCUUCCUAAAUAUUGGACCCCUGAGGAAGACCAGCACGUACAGAAGAUCAAAGUGGGAUCUCAGCGCAGACCAUGGUACAGGAAGUUCCAAGGUUUCAGAAAGUGGCAAUCCGAUUCAGAGGAAGAGGAUUCUGAUUGCGAAGGCAAUCCUUUCAGUGCUUCCUCUCCGGUUAGCGAGCAGCGGAAGCUAGAGACUACCAUGCAUCUUGGUAACCUGCAGAGAUCUGAGGCUGCAGGGCCCAUACCCUGUGAAAGCACGUCUGAUGUCAGUCGUACAAGAGAUCAGCAAAGUCCAUGCACUUUAGAUCAUGACUCGAAUGAUUUAGAAUUAGUGGAGCCCCCUGUCAGUAUGCCCAGAGUUGAUGCCGCUGCUGGUCGCAGAAUCAUAAAGUGUGAAAGAAGCUCUUUUCUAAGCCCUCUCAACCAGCAAGAUGGUAAAGAUGCCCAGGAGGGCUUGCUUCCAGAUCUGGAAAACGAUGACAUGUUCACCCGCAGGACAGGCUCCUUCCACAGCAACGUGGACCUGAUGCGUUACGAAACCAAAGGCAGGCAAAGCGCUGAGCUCCCACCGGAGCCCGAUGUCAAGAUUGUCACUCAGCCCAGGCGGGGUGAGCCUGUGGUACCAGAUAUUGAGAGAGAUGAUAUGGUCUUCCGUAAAGUCAACUUCAACUCUCAGAAAAAGGUCCGUUCCCCAUCGGGGGCACCUCAUGUGUACCACCCUGUCCCCAUUCCAGAACCUUGGACCCUGCCUGCCAAUCUCCAAUCAAAACUGCUUUGCCAACCAAAUCCACCCAUGCCUGAAGAGGAAGAGGAAGAGGGGGAGGGCAGGCAAUAUUCAAUACAUCCAAAAACGGAUGACAUGUCUGCUCGAAAGCUGGGAAAAGUACACCCUCCACAGGCUGUGCUGCCAAGUCCUUUCGUUCCCACUUCUUGUAGCGAACAGGACCUAAAGAAAUGGGAAGCAAUCCGGGAAGGCAGUAGACUGAGAUACAAGAAAAGGAAGAUGGUUGAGAGACUGCUGCAAAGGUGUUCUAGUGCUGAUGGGAGUAAAUCUAUGAGUGAUGUAAGCGAAGAAGCAGUUGCAAACCGCCAGAUUAGAUUUGAAGAAUUACAAAAAAUCAAAUCUCAGUUACAAGAGCAGGACCAGCAGUGGCAGAAUGAUCUGACAAAGUGGAAGAAUCGUCGUAAAAGCUUCACUUCUGACCUUGUAAAGAAGAAAGAAGAGAGAGAGCAGAUAGACCAGACAGUCGGGAGAAGAGUAAAGACCUUUAAAGAAAUGCAGGAGGAAAGGCAGGACAGAGAGCAGGGGAUUCAGAGCACUGAGCUGCGUGCACCAAGCAACAGGAGCUUGUACGCCUCCAAUGAAGAAGUGUUUACUGAUGAAAAGCCCAUGUCGAAAACCCUGCGUGAAAGAAGUUACACGGUCGAAGUGGAUACUCCGUACAGUUCCCAGAACAGUGAGGUGACCCGUUCUACCCCUGCUUAUAAUCCACAAAAGGACGACGCUACUAUCACAGCCACCACCUCCACAAGCAAGGCAGCCCAGUCCAACAGCAGUGUCAGUGAAGCAGCUGGAUCCCAGCGCACGUCUCAAAGCCCGUCAGAAGAACAGAGCUCUGUUUCUUUGUAUGCACACAAUUCAAUGGAUACCAGACCGGGGGUAGCUCGGGUUUCGGCUUCUCUCCCCAGAAGCUACCAGAGACCCGAUAGUACUCGACUGACCUCCAUCGUUGCACCGAGACCUUUCGGGACCCAAUCGAACAGAGUUUCUUCUCUUCCCAGAGCUGUUGCAAUGGAUAGUGCACAUAGCCAGUACAAUGGGGACCUGGACAGUGCUUCUCAGAAGACUUACAGCACCAGCAGAUACAGCCAGGUCAUGAAGAUGGAAGAUGAUGGGCCCUCCCAGUCUAGCUCUGUGCUGAGCAGCACCGAGGAGGGGAGGACUCCAUCUCCAAAACCAGCACCUUCUGCACAGCCUCGAGACGAGCUGACAAGCAGCCAUGUCAUUGAAUCAAAUCCUGAUCAUCCCUCCAGCUCUGCAAAAACCCAGUAUGUCGCAAGCACCAGCACAAGCACAAUAAAGGUGCCAGAAGCGAAGGUCACCACACAGGAGCAGUACAGCGAUAUGAGAAUCAGUCUGAACCAGAAAUCAAACAGCGGUCGGGACUUUGGCUUCAUUCCCACCUGGAGCAAUGCUGGUGUCUUUGUGAAGUCCAUUGAGCCAGGCAGCCCAUCUGAACUCUGCCAGAUGCAGGUCAAUGAUGAAAUCCUCACAGUAAAUGGCCUGAAAGUGUCUGACAUGGACUUCAGUCAGUGGAAAGAAAACAUGGACACAUCUGUGAAACAUGGAACCCUUGUGAUGGACAUCCGCAGAUAUGGCAAGAAUAACUGGGGCAGAGACCUACCUUCCCUACCAUAUAAAAGCCAUAAAACCAUCAAUAUGACCAGUAUGGAUACAACACUUGUAGGUUCAGCUGAAAAGGUAAUCCACGCCAACUCCAGAGAUUAUACUGCUUAUGAACCUUCAGAGAAGACCAUGAAACCUGACGUCAACAGACAGCCUGUAAAUGAUGCUGGAUCUAAAGACAUGAAUGGAGGAUUCCGUGAAGAAUCGGUAACGAUGAGACAUAAAGAAUCUGAGCCAAUUUCUUUGAAAAACUUACAAAGGCGAUCACAGUUUUUUGAACAAGGAGGCUCUGAGUCUGCCAUAUCUGAUUUGCAGGUCCCUUCCAUCAGCACAUCAUCUAGCCGCUGGGCCUGGGACCCUGAGGAAGAGAGAAAACGACAGGAGAAGUGGCAGAAGGAACAGGACCGUUUGCUGCAGGAGAAGUACAAACAAGAGCAAGAGAAACUAAAUGAAGAGUGGAUGCGGGCACAGCAAGAAGCUGAAAAAGAAGGCUCCAAGUACUAUGAAGAGGAGUGCAAGAUACUGAAAGUGAAUACCCCCAUCUCUUCCUCUUGGGAUGACCAAAGAGAAGAGGUGCAGCACCUCCAGGAGCAAGAGAGAGCAAGACGACAGCAUGAGGAAGAGGAGCAGGAGAGGAGACGCCAAGAGGAAGAGCAGCACCAACAGCGUUUGGAGGAGAAGAGGAGACGUGAAGAAGCAGAGGCGCAACGGCAGCAAGCAGAGCUGCGGAGACAGAGGGAUGAAGAACAGAGGCGCCAGGAGCGGGAGAGGAGGCAGAAAGAGGAAGAGCAGACACGCAGGGAGGAGCUCAGACGAAAGCAAGAGGAGGAGAAGGAAGAGAGGCAGCGGCAAGCAGCAGCGGCAGCUGAGAAACAUCGGCGAGAGAUGGAGAGAGCCAGGCAGGAACAGGAACAGCAGCAGCAGUGGCUUGGUGAAUCCUAUGAAUUUUCUAAAAUCCUUCCUGAUGCAUCAGAGUUUGCUGUUUCGGAGAGGGCCAAAUCGAAAUCCACUUCAGAGCUUGAUGAUGUACAUUCUGAUACCCAGGUAUAUGGCAGACCUGGUGGCAUGGCCCAGUGGCUGCAGGAGGAGGAAGUGAAGCGAAGGCAAAGUGCAAAGGUCCAAAGGAUGGUGGCAGCAUCAGAACUGGAAACUGAGAGACAGCAAAUACUUUAUCAGAUGAAAUAUGCUGACCCUGGGAGAGCCAGCAACAAGUUUGCAGAAGGCUCCUGGACGAAGGAUCAGUCUGUUUCUUAUGCAGAGCAGGAAAGACAAAGGAUCCUUGAUGAGAUGAAAAAGAAGAACCAACUUUUGACUGACAACAGCUGGAUAAGACAGCGCAGCGCCAGCGUUAAUAGAGAACCUGCCAGUCUGACUGGAACAAUGAGGAGAGGUGAGUCUCUCGACAAUCUUGAUUCUCCUCGAUCAAACUCCUUGAAGCAGCCUCCGUGGGUAACCAAUUAUACUGCCUCCUCCACCUCCUCGGUGCAGGACUCCAGUCGAUAUCAUCCUGUGGUGCCCCCCUCCAACCGGUCCUUCAUACACACGCCUUCCACCACCUUACCUGCCUCCUUAUCCACUGGCUCAAUGAAGACAGGCUCCUGGGGGCAGACUUCGUCUGUGUCUCCAACUCCAUCUGAGUCCAUCUCAAACACUCCACGCACCCCUUCACAACGCAGCAGGUCAAUCAGUGGGAAGAAGAUCUGUACGUACUGUGAUACACCUUUGGGCAAAGGAGCUGCUAUGAUCAUCGAGUCUCUGGGUCUGUUUUAUCAUUUGAAUUGUUUUAAGUGUAUCGCCUGUCACUCUGAACUCGGGGGCUCAGAAUCUGGAGCUGAAGUCAGAAUUCGAAACAGUCAGCUCCACUGCAACAGCUGCUAUGUCAAGUUUAAAACUGGACAGCCCACUAAUAUGUGACACGAGUUUGAAGACAAGUGAUUCACUGGGUCAGAUUGAGGAAGAAAUCUCCUAGAACAACACAGAUCUAUGAAAAAGGAUUUCUAAAAAUAGAUCAUAAUGGUUUCCAGAAAAUAUCUUUUUUUUUUUUUCUGUAGCAAAUUAACGUAUAAUUCUGUAUUGUAAUGUUUAUUGCAAGAGGGUGAGCUUAAUAGGGUGAUGUGUUUAUACCAGAAUACCUUUCAUUGCAUUGGGCAUGUACAGAGUAUAGGAGGCAUGCAUAUAUAUUAUAGAACUUUUACUAGAAAUGAUUUAUAAAAAAACACAUUUAUCAUUCUGGCUAGUUACAGGUAGUUUGAAAGAUUUCAGAGCAGCGUUCUUUAAUAGCUUAUAGAAAUAGAUUUGCAACAUGCUGUCUUAUUGCUUAAGUUUUCAGUGACAUCACCUUGUAAUAUCACCUCAUAUUUGGUUGCUAUCUGAAAUAUUUCCUAUGGUGUGUCAAUGUGCCUUUUGAAUUGAUUUUCUUUUUGUUCAGUAAAGCUGAAGAACGUUUAGAAUAUGCAAUGACAUUAAGUAUUUAAAAUAUUGGCAUGAAUGGUUAGAAAGUAAAUGUGAGAAUUGUUCUGUUUUUCAUUGAGGAAAUGAAUUUGAUGUAUUUUGCAAAAAUAGAGAUUUUGCCAGUAAAAAAAAAUAUAUAUAUUGUUCUCAACAUAACUGGAUUCUAAGCACAUUGUUCUGUCUUCAAUGAUGUUUGUAAAUAAAAUGACCAAAUCUGCAAAUAUA